CAUCUUGUUGACGUAGUAAUGUCCUGUGUGGGCUGCGUGGUGCCUGCUAUAUUGGGUGGCUCAGCAGGAACUGGUUGAAGCUCAGCGUAGUGGUGUGAGGUCUGUGGAGGAGAAAAAGGAACCUGAAAUGGGUUGAACUCAGAAAAAGCAGAGAAGCGAGGGGCCUGUGCUGGUCGUGAGGAUGGAGCGCACUUUGCUCUGUGUGCUGUCUUUAUUCUUUCUGAACACACUCCUCUACUGUGGACAAGCUGAAGAUGCUGAGCUGACCCUUGAACCCAGCUCAUCCUACGUGUUUACCGGAGAGUCCGUUACCUUCAUAUGUGACAUGAGAGAAGGAAAUGACACUGACUGGUAUUACAGAUUCAGCUGGAAUGGUCAACAAAUUGUCUCCUUCAAUCCAAACAACUCCUACUCACUUAACCUAACGGCAGACUCGGGUGGUGAAUAUCAGUGCACUGGUCGCCACAAGGACGCAACAGAUUUUUCAAAGCAGAGUAAUAAGGUCACUCUACAUGUAUCAGCACACAGACCAACAGCCACUCUGACAACAGGCAGGACAUCCAUACCAGUAGAUGGCACUUUGAGAAUGACCUGUUUGAUCCAGGGCUCCGAUGGCUGGACAUAUGACUGGUUCAGACGCACCUCAGACUCUCAUGAAACUAUGAUUGUGAUGGACAGCAAGGAAAACUUUGUCAGCAUCUCACACGAAGGCCUCUACUGGUGCAGAGGAAGACGAGGAAACCCAGUUUUCUUCACAAAGGACAGUGAUAUGUAUCGCAUUGAAAGAACCUUGGCCAACAGAGUCUCUGUGACCUCGCAACACAACUGGACUCAGAUAUUCAGUGGUGAGGCGAUCAGUGUCAGGUGUGAGAUCCAGGGAGAUGGAGACACUAACUGGGAGUAUGAAUGGAGAACAACAAGCUCAAACACACCUCCCAUACACAGUGAAUACAUGCAAGGCAGUGCCUCUGUUUCCUACAGUGGAGUUUACUGGUGUAAAGGUAGAAGGGACUUGUAUUCAUCAACAGAGUGGAGCGGUGCCUUCACACUGACAGUAUCGCCAAAUAAACCCAGGCCCACAGUUCUGGCAGAGGAGAGAAUCAUACCAGCAGAGGGCAACAUAACACUGACCUGCUAUGUAGUCAACUCUGCUGAGUGGAAAUAUUACUGGUUCAGACGUACCUCACACACCUCUGAAGCUCGGACCAUAAGAGACAGUGAACCAGAUGGAGUUAUCAGUAUCUCGCAAGGAGGCAUCUACCACUGUAGAGGAGGCAGAGGAGACACAGCUGUCUUCACAGAGGACAGCGAUGCAGUCACAAUUGAGAAAAGAGUUUCCAACAAGGCUUUUGUGUCCCUGCAACCCAACUGGCCUCUGAUAUUCAGCGGUGAGACCAUCACUGUUAGAUGUCAGAUUCAUGGAGGCGGAGACACUGACUGGGAGUAUGAAUGGAGGAAACCCAAGUCAAAUGUAGAACCAACACACAAUGAAUACAGGAUUGUCAGUGCGUCUGUGUCCAACAGUGGGAGCUACAGGUGUUUGGGUAAAGACAAGUCAGACAUGCACUCCUCAACAGAGUGGAGCAAUAUCAUCACAUUGAUGGUUUCUGCAGACAGACCAAAUGCUAACCUGAGUGCUGACGACAGAGCCUUUCCAAUAGGGGGCAGUGUGGCUUUGACCUGUUCAGUGAACCCUUCAUCAUCUGGCUGGGAUUACUAUUGGUACAGAGGCAAGAAAACCUCUGAACCUCUGACGAACCAAGAUGUCGUUUUCCACUCAAGUGGACAAAGUAUCAGUGUCUCACAGGAAGGACUCUAUUGGUGCAGAGGAGGAAGAGGAGACCCGGUUUACUACACAGAGUACAGUGGCUCAGUCACUAUUCACAAAAUUGUCAGCAACAGGCCUGUUGUGACUCUGCAAACCAAGUGGCCGAAGAUAUACACAGGAGAGACGAUCGUACUUAAAUGUGAGAUCCAGGGAGGAGACAGCGAGUGGGAGUAUGAAUGGACAACAACCGGCUCACAAAAAUCUUCAAUCAAAAAUGAAUACAGGAUCGGUUCUGCAUCAGAAUCGGACAGUGGUGACUACUGGUGUAGGGGCAGACUGAAAAGUGCACAACAGAAUUCAACAGGAUGGAGUGCUUCCUUCAACUUAGUAAUUUACUAUGCACCAGAACCUGUCCUCACUGUGUCUUCAUCAUGGCUGAGUCCUGGAGACUCAGUGACUCUGAACUGUAAGGUUGAACAUCCAUCAGCAGGAUGGAGGUUUUACUGGUAUAAGGCUGUUCCCAGAUUGUCUGACAUGUAUUUCCCCUACGACUAUGGAUACAGAUAUUGGAUGAGUUUUCAUGGCAGUUUUAAUCCCUACGAUUAUGAGCUGUUACCCCAAAGCAGCAGUGGGUCUGAACAGGAUUCUUACAUUGUUCAUAGACACACAAACACAGCAGGAUAUGUGUGUAGAGCUGGAAGAGGAGACCCAGUGUAUUACACUAGGUAUAGUGAACCAGAAUUUGUCUGGUGUGGAGAUUUUCAUCCAGCAGCGUCUCUCACAGUGAGUCCUGACAGAGUCCAGCACUUCACCUCUGACUCUGUGUCACUGAGCUGUGAGGGAAACUUUACUAAGUGGAGAGUGAUGUUUUCUGAACGAGGCCGUCUAAAGAAGUGCCCCUCCUGGGGGAGAAUGACUGGAUCCACAUGCCAUAGGCGCCAGCGCAGGAACGCAGUGUACUGGUGUGAGUCUGGAUCAGGAGAGUUCAGCAAUGCAGUCAACAUCACUUCAGCUUAUGAUAAUGACGUUAUCCUGGUGAGCCCUGUCCAUCCUGUGACUGAGGGACGUCCUGUUACUCUUAGCUGUAAUUUGAGGACAGAAAACUUACUUUCCAGUGUUGCUUUCUACAAAAAUGGCAAACUCAUCCAAAAUGAUGACAGAGGGCAGCUGAACUUCUCUGCAGUGUCCAAGUCAGACGAAGGCCUCUACAAGUGUGAAUAUUCAGGAAACGAGUCACGGGAGAGCUGGAUGUCAGUAAAAUCAUCUCGGUCUUCAUUUCCUGUGUCGCUGAUCAGUGGGCUGGUUAGUGGGAUCACGCUGAUUAUUCUCCUCUCGCUGCUACUGUUGUGCUGGUACAGAAAGUCAAAGAAUCCCUGUUGUAACAGGCUCAGCCAGUCUCAGAGAAUCAGUCAGAUCUCUGCUACAGAACAAAGUGUCAACCAAGACAAAAAUCAACAGCCAGUGUACUCGUCUCUUCUCUACGGUGAUACUUGUGUCUAUGAAUCAGUCAGAGGCUCUGAAAACACUGGGGAUGGUGGCCCACCACGUGACUACAGAAGUGUUGUAUCUCAGAUUCAGCUCAAAGGUGUUGGAAAGAGGAGAAACCAAAAUGAUCCAGAGGAGAUGUCUGACUACGAUAAUAUGAUUCCAGAUCCAGCUAAAGGUACCGUUUUGGUCCAGGUCCAUAAAGAGAGGUUUAUCAUCAACAAAACAAGAGACAACAAUGUGAACUUCCAUGAGGAAACAUUUCUCAGAGGCAGAGCGACAGUGUCAGUGCUGGAUGUGAAGAUGGGGCACACUUCACUCUGUGUGCUGUCAUUAUUCUUGCUGAAUACACUCUUCUAUGGAAAGGCUGAAGUUUCCAGUAAGCCCACUGUGGCCCUGCAACCCAACUGGUCUCAGUUUUACCGUGGUGAGACGAUCACUGUCAGAUGUGAGAUCCAUGGUGGAGACACUGAGUGGGAGUAUGAAUGGAGAACACCCAGCUCAAACAACCCUCCAUCACACAGUGAAUACACUAUCAGCAGAGCCGCAGUGUCUGACCAUGGAGAAUACAGGUGUAGGGGCAGAGCAAACAAUUCCUAUACAGAGUGGAGUGAACCCAUCACAUUGUCAGUAUCAUAUGAUAAACCUCGACCCACACUGAGAUCAGACACAACAAUAAUACCAGCAGGGGGCAGUGUGACACUGACCUGCUCUGUGGAAAACUCUGCUGACUGGAGAUUUGAUUGGUUCAGACGCAGCUCACGUUCUUCUAAAGCUCAGACCAUCGAUGGAUCAGACCGCACCAACAGAAUUACAGAGGGAGGCAUCUAUCAGUGCAGAGGACGAAGAGGAAGCAACAAUUUCUUCACAGAAAACAGCAAAGAAGUCACCAUUCAGAAAACUGCUAGAGUCACUCUGACCCUGCAACCCAACUGGUCUCAGAUAUACACAGGAGAGACGAUCACUGUCAGAUGUGAGAUUGAGAACGGAGGAGACACUGAGUGGACGUAUGAAUGGAGACCAGCGAAGUUAAACUCAUCUCCAACACACAGUGAAUACAGGAUCAACAAAGCUACUAAGUCUCAUAGUGGAGAAUACAGAUGCAGGGGUUCAAAAGACUAUUCCUUUACACAGUGGAGUAAUGUCAUCAGACUGACUGUAACAUCAGCUAAACCCAGGGCCUCACUGACAGCAGACAGGACUGUUAUACCAGCAGGGGGCAGAGUGACUCUGACCUGCUCUGUGAGCUCAUCCUCUGGUUGGAAAUACUACUGGUACAGAGACAAUAAAAACUCUGAACCCCUGAACACACAAGGUAAAACAUUCAGUGUCUCACAGGGAGGACUCUACUGGUGCAGAGGAGGAAGAGGAGACCCAGUUUACUACACAGAGUACAGUGAAGAAGUUAGGAUUGACACCAUUGUCUCAAACAGAGCUGUUGUGAGUCUGCAACCCAACUGGUCUGAGAUAUACAGAGGAGAGACGAUCACUGUCAGAUGUGAGAUCCAGGGAGGAGACACUGGGUGGACGUAUGAAUGGACAACAACCAGCUCAAACAAACCUCCAUCACACAGUGAAUACACUAUCAGCAAAGCUGCAGAGUCUCACAGUGGAGACUACUGGUGUAUGGGCAGAAGAGGUAAUUCCUAUACAGAGUGGAGUAAAUCCAUCACAUUGUCAAUAUCAGAUGAUAAACCUCGACCCACACUGAGAUCAGACAAAACAACCAUACCAGCAGGGGGCAGUGUGACACUGACCUGCUCUGUGAGAAACUCUGCUGACUGGAGAUUUGAGUGGUUCAGACGCACCUCAGGUUCUUCUGUAGCUCAGACCAUCGAUGGAUCAGAUCAAACCAACAGCAUUACAGAGGGAGGCAUCUAUCAGUGCAGAGGACAAAGAGGAAGCAACAAUUUCUUCACAGAAAACAGCUAUGAAGUCACCAUUCAGAAAUCUGUUUCCAUUAAGCCCACUGUGACCCUGCAACCCAACUGGCCUCAGAUAUACACUGAUGAGAGGAUCACUGUCAUAUGUGAGAUCCAGGGAGGAGACACUGGGUGGCUGUAUGAAUGGGACACAUCCUCCAACAACAAACCUUCAAAUCAACAUGAAUACAGGAUUAGUUCUGCUUCAUCGUCCCACAGUGGAGUCUACAGAUGUAGGGGCAGAAUGAAAAGUUCACAGUAUAAGAGAACAGAGUGGAGCGCUCCAAUCAAACUGACAGUGUAUGACACAGAUAAACCACUGCCUGUCCUCACUGUGUCUCCAUCAUGGCUGAGUCCUGGAGACUCAGUGACUCUGAAGUGUGAGGUUGAACAUCCAUCAGCAGGAUGGAGGUUCUACUGGUAUAAGGCUGUUCCCACACGGUCACGCUUCUUCUACAGCUAUAAGCUGCUGCCUGGGAGCUCUGAGCAGGAUUCCUACAUUGUUCAUGGACCAACACACACAGCAGGAUAUAUGUGUACCGCUGGAAGAGGAGAUCCAGUUCAUUACACUCAGUAUACUGAACCAAAGUUUGUCUGGUCUGGAGACUUUCAUCCAGCAGCGUCUCUCACAGUGAGUCCUGACAGAGUGCAACACUUCAUCCGUGACUCUGUCUCACUGAGCUGUGAGGGAAACUCUGCUGAGUGGAGAGUGAUGAGGUUUAAUGAAGAAGGAUCCCAGUUAUCCUGCUCUUCCUGGGGGAGAAUGACUGGAUCCACAUGUAACGUCUACACAUCACGGCAGAGUAAUAGUAAUGGUGUGUACUGGUGUGAGUCUGGAUCAGGAGAAUUCAGCAAUGCAGUCAACAUCACAGUACAGGAUGAUUAUUAUGAUGGUCUCAUCCUGGUGAGCCCCGUCCGUCCUGUGACUGAGGGACAUUCUGUUUUACUUGGCUGCAGAUUCAGGACAGAAAAUAAACUUUCCGGUGUGUUUUUCUAUCACAAUGAUAAACUCAUCCAAAGUGACACCAGGGGGGAGCUGAUUAUCUCUGCAGUGUCAAAGUCACAUGAAGGUUUCUAUAAGUGUCAGUACUCAAGAAGAGAGUCAGCACAGAGCUGGAUGUCAGUUAAAGUUCCAGUGAUGCCUGAAAGCUCUUCGGUUCCUGUGAUGUUGAUUGUUGGGCUGGUUUGUGGUUUGACAGUAUUCAUUAUUCUCCUGCUACUGUUUUACUUCAGAAAGUUCAAAGAUCCAUGUGGUAACAGGCUCAACCAGUCUCACAGAGAGAAUCAGGGCUCUGCUACAGACCAAACGGUCGGCCAUGAUGAAAAUCAACAGCGUGUAUAUUCCUCUCUUCUCCACGAUGACGUUCGUGUCUAUGAAUCAAUCAUAGUCCCUGAAAACAGUGGAAAAGGACAAUGUGAAGAUCCAGAGGAGAACUCUGCUUAAAUUAAUGUGAAUCCAGAUUCAACCACAGGUCCAUAAAAAGAUGAACGUCAUCAACAAAAGCAAGCAUCAGUGACGACCUGAAAAAAACACACUCACAUUUAGACAGUGACAAGUAUUUUGUGUAUUUGGGCAGAAUAUUAUAUGGAAAACUGGAUUUAGCAUUUUAUUGCAAAUCAUAUAUACUUAUAUUUUUGCAAUUAUUUCAUCACUUUAAAUGGUUUAAAAUAAUUUUACGUUUGUCUCUACAAACAUUAUGUCACUGUACACAUGUAUGAUUCAAGCCCAUCUAAAUGAUAUUUGUGCACAAUCUUCCAGUUGCCUUUGUAAUGAUCAGUCCCUGAGGGUGCUGCUUCUGAAUCCUUUGGUUUCUUAUGUGAAUCCUUUACAGCCCCUUCUUGGAUUCUGGUUUAGCUUAAGUUCUGUUAGUUCCUGUUUUGUUAAGUCAAGUUAUUCUUUUUAUUUAUUUAUUUUUUUGUCUCUUCAGUUUUGGUUGUGUAUUUCCUGUUUUAUUGUGAAGUCUUGCCCCUAGUGUAUCAGGUCUUGUUCUACUUCCUGUCUUUGUCUGGUUUUCCCUCCUUUAGUGAUUGUCUGCCCCGCCCUAAUUGGUGUCACCUGUUGCCCAUUUCCUUGUGUGUGCCUGUCUUCACCUGUGUGGAGCCUGUUGUCUGCUUCUGCCUCGUCUUUCCGAGUGAAGACAUUGUGUUUUCCCUCCUCAUGGACUUACCUUGGUUUCCUUUUGAUGUCAAGUAAGAACUUUAGCUUAAUGAGCUUGCUUUGUAUUUUGUUUCCAACCUUUUUCCCUUCAUCAUGGCUGAUUUUUAGUUGUUUAAGUUUUGUACACUGUCCCUGGACUAUUCCAGUGAUUUUGAGUUUAAUUAAAAGACUUUUAGUUUGCUCAUGGUCUGUCCUGGGGUUUUUGCAUUUGACUCCUCUCUUCCCUUGUGUUCCUGGCUUCCUUUUUCUUUUUUCUCUUUAUGAAAUCAGUACCACCAAAAGUAGAUUUCCUGGCACUGUAGUCGCUUUUUUUUGCUUUAAUGUAGUUUCUCUGAUAUUUUGUGUAGUAAUAAAUCUUUAAAAUUG